AAUUCAUAUCUUCUCUUCCAAUCUCGAUAUCUCGCUCAGAGCGCGCGCCGACCGCACGCACGUGGCGCGUGCGCGGGUCACGCGGCCGGUCACGUGCGCCGCCUCCUCCGCCGCCGCCGUCAGAGCGAGCGGAAGCCCUCGCGCGGGAGGAGAGGGAGGAGGCUCUCAGGAUACUGCGAUGCUGGCCGCGGAGAGCCUCGUGAACCAGAUGGCGGCUGCCGAGCCGUGGCCAGAGAACGCUGCCUUUUACCAGCCGCUGAGAGGUGAGCAGAUUCUGGUAUCGGACGCGGCAUCGUGCCUGGCGGUUCAGGCCUUCCUGCGGAUGUGCAGCCUUCCCGUGUACGUCGUCUACCGGCCCAACGCCGAGCAGAUGUCCCCUUCCGGCAAGGUGCCCUUCAUCCACGUUGGGAACCACGUGGUCUCCGAGUUGGGUCCCAUCGUGCAGUUUGUGAAGGCAAAGGGCCAUUGCCUAAGCAGCAGCCUGGACGAACAGCAGAAGGCAGAGAUGAAGGCCUACAUGGAGCUGGUGAACAAUGUUCUUCUCACCGCCGAGCUCUACAUCCUGUGGUGCGACGACACCACGUGCAAGGAGAUCAGCCGACCACGGUACGGCUCCCCCUACCCCUGGCCUCUCAACCGGCUGCUCGCCUACCAGAAGCAGUGGGAGGUGCGGCGCAAGAUGAAGGCCCUCAGCUGGGCCAGCAAAACCCCGGAGCAGGUGCAUGACGAGGUGAACCAGUGUCUGCGCGCGCUGUCGCUUCGGCUCGGAUCUCAGUCCUACUUCUUCGGCCGCCAGCCGACGGAGCUGGACGCGCUGGUGUUUGGCCACCUCUUCACGCUGCUCACGACGGAGCUGUCGAGCGACACGCUCCCCGAGCUCGUGCGCGCCUACCCCAACCUCGCUGACCUGUGCCAGCGCGUCGAGCGCCAGUACUUCCGCGAGCCUGGCGACGAGACCACCGUCUCCACCGAGGGCUCCACCUCCAGCGCUUGAGGGCCCCGACGGUGGCCCAGGGGGGGAACCCGACGGCGGUUGGGCCCCCCGCGGCUCGUGCCGACGGGAAGAGAAAGUGACACCUAAGUACUUGUUUCAAGCUUGCGACCAACCUAGGAGAGGCCCUGGACAGGCCCUGGACAGGUCGAGAUACCGCUUUCCACUGAUAUUGUUAGCCUUGGCCAAGACUCGAACUCUGGUUGCUGUGAUGUGGUGUGGCAGUGUGUGUGUGAGUAGUGGUAGUGCAGUGGUUAGCAUAGUAUUGGACGAUUGCAACAAACUGAAUUCGAUUAAAACACUACUUCAGUGGAGAGUGGUGUCUUCAUUUUUCCUGGGCCUCAUCUAGGUUGACUCGGCCUUAAAUGAUUAGCUGGCAUGGUGUGUAAACACGAGCACGGGAGAGACAAACACGGCCCGUGGUGGUGGUGGCGCUCUCACCACCCCUACGUGCACAGUGCCAGCUGCGAUGAGUUCUCGCUUAACAGCACUUGCCCCCCACCGUCUGUGAGGCUACACGGGGGUUCUUUGUGUGUGUGUGUGGGUCUCCUGGGAUGACCCUGCAUCGAGACGCACGGGGUACUCAUCUGUCUAUGCUUAUACGGGUUCCUCUGUCAACAAUAAACGUUACACUGAUAUUGAACGUCACUUCGCGCCCCAUAUUGAACGAUUCCUCCCAAGUUCAUCAUUACUACCCAUAUUUUAUUAAACUGCCACGUGUUGUUUGUUUGAGUUGGUGGAAACGAGAUUCCAGCCGAGUGCUGGAGAGAGAGAGCGAGCGAGCAUUGCCAUGUUAAUGUGGCGCGCGCCUUGUUUCGUGCUGUUGCUGUGGUGUCUUUCGUGCGCGUACCUCCAGUGCCAUGUAUAAAUGUUUGUGCAGGUACGCAGGAAACGUGCGGCCGCGAGCGUCGAUUAGCCCAGUUUGAUUAAAGUGAUUUGAUGGACCAGUGGCGAUUUAUCAGUUGCAAUAAGCAACCAGUUCCAGUGAGUUCAUUAUUAUUAAAGACAUCUGCUUCAUUUUCUCCUGCGGGUUUAAUGAGCUCCCUCAUUAAAUUCAAAGAACGAAUUUAGUGUCUUGGAUGAAAAUAAAGAUAUAUUCGAAUGGAGUACAUUUACAUUUGGUGUCCUUAAUGUCGCACGUUUUUGCCUUUAUUAAAUAAAGAGCGUGGUGCGUCUC